AGACGAGAAAGAGAUACGACUGAAAUAGUGAUAUGGAUCAAAUCUUUCUUUAUUCUUCUUUCUUCUUAUCCUUAGCCUCAGUGCCUCACUUACCAAUCUGAGUGCUGGACUGUGUAUGUGAGUAAAAAGCGCGACAGCACAAAGGAAGAAGCUGCAUACAAAUAAUGGCGUCCAUGUUCAGCACUUCUUCAAUUACCUUCCUCCCUUCACGAUACCACUCUUCUUCCCCUUCCUUUCACCCUCUCUCUCUAACCACAGGGCAAAUAUUUGGGCGCAAGUUUUGUGGAUUUCAUGGCGUCAAGGGAAGGUAUCGGUUCCCAGUUGCGAGUGUUGCCACUGAAGUUAACUCUGCAGAACAGACUCAGAAGAUUGCUUUUGAAGAAAGCCAAAGGCCGGUGUACCCAUUUUCUGCUAUAGUUGGACAGGACGAGAUGAAGCUUUGCCUUCUCCUAAAUGUGAUUGAUCCCAAGAUUGGAGGUGUAAUGAUCAUGGGCGAUAGAGGAACAGGGAAAUCUACAACUGUUAGGUCAUUGGUUGAUUUGCUUCCUGAAAUCAAGGUUGUUGCUGGUGACCCAUAUAAUUCAGAUCCAGAAGAUCCAGAAUUCAUGGGUAUUGAAGUGAGAGAGCGGGUGUCGAAAGGAGAACAACUUCAGGUUGUAUUCGCCAAAAUUAACAUGGUGGAUUUGCCAUUGGGAGCUACGGAAGAUCGAGUCUGUGGUACAAUUGACAUUGAAAAGGCCCUCACUGACGGUGUAAAGGCAUUUGAGCCUGGCCUACUGGCUAAAGCUAAUAGGGGAAUUCUAUAUGUUGAUGAAGUUAAUCUUUUGGAUGAUCACUUAGUUGAUGUCUUGUUGGAUUCUGCUGCAUCAGGUUGGAACACAGUGGAGAGAGAGGGUAUUUCAAUCUCACAUCCUGCUAGGUUUAUCUUAAUUGGUUCAGGCAACCCUGAAGAAGGGGAACUCAGGCCACAGCUGCUGGACAGGUUUGGAAUGCAUGCUCAAGUAGGAACUGUAAGGGAUGCCGAGCUUAGAGUUAAGAUUGUGGAGGAGAGAGCUCGUUUUGACAAGAACCCAAAGGAGUUCCGAGAUUCUUACAAGGCAGAGCAGAAAAAGCUCCGGCAACAAAUUGCCUCAGCAAGGAGUUAUCUUUCUUCUGUUCAAAUUGAUCAUGAUCUCAAGGUAAAAACCUCCAAGGUUUGUGCAGAGUUGAAUGUGGAUGGAUUGAGAGGAGACAUAGUAACCAACAGAGCUGCAAAAGCUCUUGCUUCCCUCAAGGGGAGAGACAAGGUAAGUGCAGAGGAUAUUGCUACUGUCAUCCCUAACUGCCUAAGACACCGUCUUCGAAAGGAUCCCUUGGAAUCCAUAGACUCAGGUUUACUUGUCAUUGAGAAAUUUUAUGAGGUAUUCAGCUGAACAUAUCUAGUGUUUAUUCAAUUUGUUACCACUUUUCCUUAUUACAUUUUCACCUUUUCUAUGGUCAUCUUCCAAUAACAUGAGCAAGAUUGAAACUU